AUGCACUUCCCUCCAGAGUCGGUGAAACCAUUAGUCAAGGAAAUAGCCCAGCAUCUGAUUGAAAACAAUGAGACGGUAGCAGUGUCAGAAGGUGUUUGUGGAGGUUUACUGUCUGCUUAUUUAGUGUCAAUACCAGGAGCUUCACAAUUCUUUCUUGGUGGCACAUUAGUCUACAGUCUCAAGUCUCGAUUGAAACUCAGUGGAUGGGAUGAAAAGGACAUAUCCUCAUACACAGGUCCCAGUGAGGAAGUCGUUUUAAGAUUGGCUAGAAAUCUCAAGAUGGAAUUGGGAGCCACGUACGUUUUGUCUGAGACUGGGUUUGCCGGACCAUCCGGCCAGUACGGAAAAGGUAGCGACCAAGAUGAGGAGGUUGGGACAGUGUAUCUAGGGAUCUCAACACCUCAAGGAGACUUGGCAUGUGUGAAGCGUACAGGCAUAAAAUCACGAUCUGAUAACAUGGCCUUAUUUGCAGAGGAAGGUCUGAAGUUCUUGUUGGAACAUUUGAAAUCCACAAAGUGA